AUGGCCAUUCUUUUUGGGAAAAAAAAGAGCCAUUUAGAGCUACCAAUCAGUAAAAAUAAACCGAAAUUGAGUCCGAAGCGCAAAGGCGAUGGCAUAUUAAAUCGGGUCAAAACGAAGCAGCUGUUGAGAAGCAAUAGUUCAGUGGUGACUAUUGUAUUUUUUGUAGUGGGGCUAUUUGCCAUAUGGCGUCUUUUUCAAAAACCUGAGAUAAGUUAUGGCUCGCCAAUGGUAUUACAGGAAUCAGAGUACUACGACUACGACUUUCUGCCAACUGAUAAAGAAAUACUGGAAAAAUACGAUAAUGGUUCCGAACACUUUUUGAUAUCCAACGGUGGCGCAGACGUUCUAACACCGGCCGACAAAGACAUUUACGAUAAAGAGAUAAAUAUGCUUUAUGGGUCGACAGUCCAGAAGUAUAAUCUCGAAGCGUUCCGGGGCUCUUCUAAUGGUGUCAAGAAUAAAGAACACGUUUUGUUACUAGUUCCGCUGCGUAAUGCAGAAAGAGUUCUACCUCUUAUGUUCAAAAAUCUCAUGAAUUUGACAUAUCCUCACGAACUGAUAGAUUUGGCCUUCCUUGUGAGUGAUUGCUCGGAAGACGAUAACACAUUGACUGCCUUAUUAGAUUACUCUCAGAAAUUACAAAGCGGGAUAUUAUCUGACGUGUUGGCCGAAGAAGAAGCUGCAGCUGAAUCGAAAAUGAAGGGCACCCAGGAUUUGUUUUUGAAGUACAUGCGUCCAUCUUACUUGGAAAUGGUCAAGCAAGCUUACAGUCCGCCUUUCCAUAGUAAUUAUGACAAACCUUUUCGUUCAGUCCAAAUCUUCCAAAAAGAUUUCGGUCAAGUCAUAGGCCAAGGCUUUUCCGAUAGACAUGCUGUGAAAGUUCAAGGAAUAAGAAGAAAGCUCAUGGGCCGCGCUCGUAACUGGUUGACAGCCAAUGCUUUGAAGCCGUACCACUCAUGGGUCUACUGGAGAGAUGCAGACGUGGAGCUUUGCCCAGGUACCGUUAUUCAAGAUUUGAUGUCCAUCAAUUAUGAUGUAGCAGUUCCUAAUGUAUGGCGUCCUUUGCCUGAAUUCUUGGAUGGGGAACAGGCUUACGACUUGAAUUCUUGGCCCGAGUCCCCUGACGCUUUACGUUUAGCCGAAACCCUGGACGAAGAUGAUGUAAUUGUCGAAGGAUACGCAGAGUACGCUACGUACAGGGUACACUUGGGUUAUAUGAGAGAUCCAGAUGGAAAUCCCAAAAAUAUUUUGGAGCUUGAUGGUGUGGGUGGUGUCUCAAUUCUGGCAAAAGCACAACUAUUCAGAAACGGUGUUCAUUUUCCAGCAUUCACCUUCGAAAAUCAUGCAGAAACCGAGGCGUUUGGGAAAAUGGCGAAAAAGAUGGGGUAUAGAGUAGCCGGAUUACCAAACUAUACCCUGUGGCAUAUCUAUGAACCAAGUGAUGAUGAUUUGAAGCUCAUCACCGAGAAGGAGAGAGGAAGCAAAAGGUCUGCAGACAACGCAUCUUGA